AGAGGCAGACUCUGGUUGGUUUAAACUCAAACACUUCGGUAAUGGCCUGGCAGACAGGAAGCGGCAUUUCCCGGAGAACAUACCGGUCAAUAAAGGCCGCUGGUGGACUUCGCCGCUGUCAUAACUGAUGGGACUUGUCGGGGUUGAAGAAAAUCGGGAAGCGACCUUUGAUCGGUAGCUGGUGGGGAUGAAGGCAGGUUCCCCGAGGUUACUUUAAUCAUUUUCUGUCAGGUCUUUGUUGUGUCGAGCGCUGUCGGCACUGCGGUUUUAGGUUUGUGCUGGAGGAUAGCCAUAGGUCACUGGCAUGUAUUUAUCCAGUGUGGAGCUGUGGAGAACAUACUGGGAGUCUGUUUCCAGGCCGUACACGGUGUUCAUCUGCUCAGUGACCGCUGCUCUAUACUAUCUGUGGGGCCGCAAGUGUGAGACUCCUGCCUUGAUAUGUACUGAAGCUUUUAGUGUAUUCCUCAAAAAGCACUGUCCUGUGGUAGCUGAGCGCUUCCAUCCCACUCCCUGGUGCUGGGGAGGGCGGGUGCAGACCCUGGUCUGUGCUCUCCUUAAAUCCAGACCCUCUGUCUGUUAUCGCAAUGAGUUGAUUCGUACACUAGAUGGUGGUCAGAUCUCCUUGGACUGGGUUGACAAUCAUAUGAGUGAGACCUACCCUGAAUCUUGCGUGCGACCUACUGUGCUCAUCCUCCCCGGACUGACUGGGAACAGCCAGCAGCCCUACGUGCUUCAUGCUGUUAGCCAGGCAACAAGACGGGGUUACAGAUGUGUGGUCUUCAACAACAGAGGAGUAGGAGGGGAAGAGUUGUUGACCCCAGUGACCUACUGCGCUGCUAACACUUCAGAUUUGGAGCAAGUUGUGCAGCAUGUGAAAGGCCUGUACCCUCAGGCUCCGGUUCUGGGUGCUGGUGUCUCUCUUGGAGGAAUGAUAUUGUUAAACUAUCUGGCCCGUAAGCGCACAGAGUCGGGAAUGGUGGCAGGCAUCACCAUCUCCGUCGCCUGGGAUGCGCUGAAGUCGUCCGACUCGAUGGAGGAGCCUCUCAACUGGCUUCUCUUCAAUAAACACCUCACUAAUGGCCUGCGCCAAAAAGUCACCAGGCACAGGAAGAUUCUGGAGAAAGUGGUGGAUGUCGACUAUGUCCUGAAGGCACGAACGAUCCGGGAGUUCGACGAGCGUUUCACUUCACAUGUGUUUGGCUACAAGUCGUGUGUCGAUUACUAUCAUGAUGCCAGCCCAGCCAAGAAACUCCCCCACACUGCUGUACCCAUCCUGUGUCUCAAUGCUGCUGAUGACCCUUUCUCUCCACAGAGUACAUUCCCAGUCUCCAUAGUCCAGACGCUGCCAAACGUUGCCCUGCUACUGACGGCUCACGGCGGACACAUUGCCUUCUUGGAGGGUCUGUUUCCUCGCGGGGAGAGCUACAUGGAGCGCCUGUUCGGUCAGUUUGUCCAGGCAGUCUUUGAACACCCGAAGGACAUCAAGAGAGCCUGCGGCAUGGCAAAAGAUGAGUCGAAUCAACAACAUAGUGAUGUUGGAGAAAAACCAAUCAGGGAUGUCAGUAGUCAGUAAAGCUUGAUCUUGAAUAGAGGAAAAAAAAAGUCACUGAAAUGUAUUGUUUUUGUGUGUGUGUGUGUGUUUUUUUUUUUUCCUUGCAUGCUUUUGGCCGUCCACCCAAAUGUUUUGACGUCAUCGCAGCCCUGCUGAUCUACCUCAGAUGGGAGCAAAACAAACUAAUUUAAAAUUCAUUGCAGGGAAAGCCACUUUUCAAGUGUUUAGGUAUGAAGUCCUGAAGCAUGUGAAAAGCUUUUGCACAAAUGGAAGAAAUAUUUCUAAAUGACUUUUAAAUGAUUUUUGGAAUGUUAACUGCUUCCUGUUUCUCCUUCACUAAAAUCCACCCCAGACAGAGAGCAAAGUAAUAUGUGGAAAAAAGAAAAGCCUUUUUAAACAAAUUGCAUGGAAAAAAAGAAUGUUUAAGACGGAACUGCUCUACUUUCAUUACUCUCUGGUGUUAAUAUAAAGAAUUUUAAGACUGAUGCAUUGCUUCCUCAUCAACGUAUUUUAAACACCUUAAAUUAUGUACUGUUUGCUUGUUUGCAGUUCAGAGUACAUAAAAACUUAAAUGAGUAAAAAUUGUACAAGAUACACACUUGAUCUCUCUGUGCACUUAAAAUAUUAGCAUCUUCUGUCAGGAAGAAUGUGAAGUAUUAAAAAGUUUUAUUUAGCUACGAUUUGCCUUUUGUUGACCGAUUGCACAUUGGUCAACAAUGAAAAAGCGACAGAUGAAUGAGAAAAAUUUUAGUCUGUGCAAAUCUGCUUGACUGUUCCUGAAGGCAUUUUGAGAAGUCUUGUUUCGAAUUUAUUUUUUGUGGCAGCACAGACAUGUUUCACGAUUGUAUCGACUGUUGCGCUUAUGAUGAAUGGACCCUGCUUUAACGUGAUAAAAAUCCAGGUGGAAAUGAAGUUAGAUUCAUCACAGAUGCCUCCAUUAUUUUAUAUUUUAGGUGACUCUUAGUGAGAAGUGAUUUCAUGCAUCAUUUAUGGCCAUGAAUAAAUUAUUGCAGCUAAAAUUGUUAAUUGUUGGCCUUUAACAACAUGUACCUUGACAUUGUUUCUGCACGUUUAAAAUGGGUUUUUAUGUUUUUGAGUGACAUUGUUGCUCUCAUUUCACUUGUCAGAGCUAUAAACACAAUCAUACUUUUUAUUGUUAUUCAUAAGACACAUACAUGUAAAUGCACAAAUAUGUAAAUAAUUUGUUCUAUGUUAUGUACUGAAUCUUGUAGAAACAAAUAAAGAAUGGCAUCUAGAGAAUUUA